AGUUUCUCUGGCCGCCAGGUCCGGCGAGCCAGAGCCGCGAGGUGCGGCGGCGCCGCGGAACCCGCCGGGCCGGCAGCUCUGGGAAGACAGCCGGGAACACACUGCAAAACACUGAAAAAAAAUUCCCAAGUCAGUCCGAGGCGCAGGGGGGCAGGACUCUCCACAAGAACAGCAGUUCUCUGCACUUUGGGGCUAUCAACACCAAGCAGACAGAGAAGCAGGAGGGAAGACUGUGAAGACAAUGCCAGAAACAGGGUAACCUGACUGCCCAGGCAGUGUCUUCUGCCAGGUGUUCAGCUCUGCCAGGCUCCUCGAGGCCUCUGCUAUGACCACAGUUCCCUCGUGGUACCAGGACUGCCCUUUGCUGCCGCAGCCCCACCAGAUCCCCGUUCUGCCCUAUCUGUCCUUGGCCCCAAGCCAGCAUGGGCAGUGUCAGUAGCCUCAUCUCUGGCCACAGCUUCCACGGCAAGCACUGCCGGGCUUCACGGUACAAGCUGGGCAAAUCCUCCCAUCUCAAGAAGCUCAAUCGGUAUUCAGAUGGGCUGCUGAGAUUUGGCUUCUCUCAGGACUCAGGCCAUGGCAAGUCCAGCUCCAAAAUGGGAAAGAGUGAAGACUUCUUCUACAUCAAGGUCAGCCAGAAAGCCCGGGGCUCCCACCACCCAGAUUACACUGCACUGUCUAGUGGGGACAUGGGCGGCCAGCCUGGGGUGGACUUUGGCCCGUCCACCCCACCCAAGCUUAUGCCCUUCUCCAGUCAACUAGAAAUGGGCUCAGAGAAGGGUGCAGCAAGGCCCACAGCGUUCAAGCCGGUGCUGCCGCGGUCAGGAGCCAUCCUCCACUCGUCCCCUGAGAGCUCCAGCCACCAGCUGCACCCUGCCCCUCCAGACAGGCCCAAGGAACAGGAGCCAAAGCCCAGCCUGUGCUCUGGGGCGCUGUCUGACUCCGGCCGGAACUCCAUGUCCAGCCUGCCCACACACAGCACCAGCAGCAGCUACCAGUUGGACCCGCUGGUUACGCCAGUGGGGCCCACCAGCCGUUUUGGGGGCUCAGCCCACAACAUUACCCAGGGCAUCAUCCUCCAGGACAGCAACAUGAUGAGCUUGAAGGCUCUGUCUUUCUCUGAUGGGGGUAGCAAGCUGGCCCACCCAAGCCAGGUGGACAAGGGUUCCUCAUGUGUGCGUUGCCCCAUCUCCACAGACGAGUGCACCAUCCAGGAGCUUGAGCAGAAGCUGCUGGGGAGAGAAGGAGAGCUGCAAAAGCUGCAGCGCAGCCUGGAGGAGAAGGAGCUGCCCUCCAGCCAGGCCUCCGAAGAGCGGCAGUGGCGCUGCAAGGAGGGGCGGGAGGGCCUGGAGCAGAAGGGCAGCAGCAAGCCGAAGCAAGCCUCCCAGAAGAGCCAGCGCACGCAGCAGGGGCUGCACCUCCAGGUGCUCCAGCUCCAGCAGGAGAAGCGGCAGCUCCGGCAGGAACUUGAGAGCCUCAUGAAGGAGCAGGACCUGCUGGAGACCAAGCUUAGGUCCUAUGAGAAGGAGAAGACCAGCUUCGCCCCCGCGCUGGAAGAGACCCAGUGGGAGGUGUGCCAGAAGUCAGGUGAAAUCUCUCUCCUGAAGCAGCAGCUGAAGGAGUCCCAGACAGAGAUCAAUGCCAAGGCUAGUGAGAUCCUCAGUCUGAAGGCGCAGCUGAAGGACACACGGGGCAAACUGGAAGGCAUGGAGCUGAAGACUCAAGAUUUGGAGAGCGCUUUGCGCACCAAGGGCCUAGAGCUAGAGGUCUGUGAGAAUGAGCUACAGCGCAAGAAAAAUGAGUCUGAGCUUCUCCGAGAGAAGGUGAACCUGCUGGAGCAGGAGCUGCUGGAGCUGCGGGCCCAGGCUGCCCUGCAGCGGGAUGCUGUGUCUCUGGGGCCAGGACUGGGGCCUGGGCCAGGGACUACUUUCUCUGAGGACAUCCCCGCCCUGCAGCGGGAGUUGGAGCGGCUGCGUGCAGAGCUGAAGGAGGAGCGGCAAGGCCACGACCAGAUGUCGUCAGGCUUCCAGCAUGAGCGGCUGGUGUGGAAGGAGGAGAAAGAGAAGGUGAUCCAGUACCAGAAGCAGUUACAGCAGAGCUACCUAGCCAUGUACCAGCGGAACCAGCGCCUGGAGAAGGCUCUGCAGCAACUGGCCCGUGGGGACAGUGCAGGGGAGCCCUUUGAAAUUGACCUUGAAGGGGCCGACAUCCCCUAUGAGGACAUCAUAGCCACUGAGAUCUGAGGGGCCUACCGGGAGAGGGAGAGCCAGGGAUCUGGCAUCGGGAGGCAGGGGUACAGAGCCUGUCAUGGAGGGCUCCUCUCCCCACUCCCCUGCUCAGUAACUCAGGCCUCUGUGAGAGGCCUUCCCCAAGGCACAGACUGGGAUUCUCCAGGGGAGGGGGGGGAGGAAGGACUGCUACAUAACCUUGGCAGCCCUUGCCCACAUUCCAGCAUUUACCAUCCCUGCAGCCCACCAGACCUCUAGCUUUCCUAAGAGACGGGUUCAGGGAUCUCCAUCAUUUGGUUAAGAGGUCUCUAAACCUUGCCUUUUGUUCAAAAAUACUUAGACCCUCUCCCAGGGAUGGUGGUAACUGCCGUAUUGGCCGAUGGCCACCCCAGGACAGAAGCUCCCUUUUGCCUCUUCGCACAACUGCUUUUUUUGCCCCUGGACACAUUGGGAUGGCUUGAGAGUAGAAAGAAGCCAUCUGUGAUCAUAAACCUUAGAACCUGACCCGGUCAUAACCUGAGCUGUUUUUCUCUGGCCUCAGAGUUGUAGGGGUUGGAUUUUGGUAUGGAGAACCUGGCUUAGCAACAUCAGAGCUGUCCCAAUCCUAGAAAGCCACAAAAAGGAGGGGAAAUCUGGGGCAGCCCAGGAAUGUCUAGACUCAGCAAAGCCCAGAGGGGGUCAGAGGGAGAAGCCAGGUAGUAAUGGCCAGACCCUGCUGGGCCCUGCUAACUGAAGGUAAGCAGCCUUUGGACAGCUGGUAGCCAUUGAGCUCAGUGACCACUCUUCUUAAAGCCAUAGACACUGAGGUCCUGGGGAGGGGAAGAUUGUGACACAGGGAAGCUGUGGUUUUCCAAAUUUCCCUGGGACAGCCUCCAGAUCUUUCCUCAUGGGGCUAGAGGUAGGGGUGCCCCCACGUGAUUUAAAUUGGCCAGUGGCUACUCUGAACUUACUUUCUUCUCAAGAAUCCAGCCUUUGCUGGAUCCAGAAUAACCUAUAUACGACGAAAAUGGCGCAGGGAUGAUCUGACAUUUCCCUCCUUUGCCUGUGGCUCAGUUGAGUGGCACACACUUUCCCCUUUGCAUUUCCAGUGCUAAAUUCAGACAAGACUCCUUACAGGUCAGGAACAAUCCCAGAAUUUGGUGGGCCAGAGUCCCAGGCAGGGAGAAGAGACACAAAUACAGCCUAAUGAACAGCCCCAGGGCCACUGGCUAGCUUCCCUCCACCUGGGCCCCACAGGAGCCCCCAGUUGUAGAGAAUCCAGAAAGCUUCAGUUUGCUAGGGGCUGGGCCAGUGCCUGGGGGAGGCUGGUGUUUCUCGUCUGAAGAUGUGCAGAGCUGGGGGAGGAGAGAAUGGUGGGGUUUCUUACUUGGUUGCUUGGUUCAGAGGGACAAAAAAAAAAUU